GUUACAAUGUCUGGCCGCGGCAAGGGGGGAAAAGGUCUAGGUAAAGGAGGUGCUAAGCGGCACAGAAAGGUUCUACGUGAUAAUAUCCAAGGUAUUACUAAGCCAGCUAUCCGCCGCCUGGCUCGACGGGGCGGUGUCAAACGUAUUUCUGGGCUGAUCUACGAGGAGACCCGCGGGGUGCUCAAGGUUUUCCUGGAGAACGUGAUCCGGGAUGCCGUCACCUACACGGAGCACGCCAAGAGGAAGACUGUCACCGCCAUGGACGUGGUAUACGCUCUCAAACGCCAGGGCCGUACGCUCUAUGGUUUCGGCGGUUGUUUGCUUCUUAAAUUGCCCGCAACACUAAAGGCCCUUUUCAGGGCCACCCACAAUUUCACUUGA